AUGUGGUACUGCCCUCACUGUAGAAAGUUGCCUCAAUUUACAAGGGCAAAAAGCAAGAAAUUGCCUGAAAUGAAGGAUCAAUUCCUAAGUGAGGCAACAAAACUUGCAACUAUCUGCACAUGUCAAAAAAAAGCACAGGCAAAUGAUAAACUGCUGAAAUGUCAUAAUGAACAGCGCUCAAAUGGUAAAUUUUUUCAUCUGUCAUGCAUGUCUUACAAACGUUAUCCAAGCAAUGCAAGAACAACCUGGCUUUGCUAUAACUGCAAGAUUACAGCACCUAAAAGUAGACCAUCAACACCAGCUCAAGGGGAUUCUGGUUUGGUAGGAGAACCAGCUGGAACACCCGAUAGUGUAAUGUCAGCCCCCAUUAUUAAUGAUUCAAGCUCCCAAAGUGAUAAUGAUUUGAAGGCAGCUUCACGGGCACACCAAUCAACAUCGGUGCAAACACCCCGCAGGAUAGUGAUGAGGAAGGAGAAUCAUCCCCAAAUCCUGACCCAGAUGUUUUGUUUGUCAAAGAAACUGUCAACACAAAUGUUAAUAAGACGGGUUCACCAGGGAAUCUGACCGAAAGAGAAUUUGCAUUGAUGGAGGAUACACAUGGCUGGUUAGACUGUUCUAUAAUCCACCAGGCACAAAUCCACCUUAAACAGUUAAGUCCGAACAUUGAAGGAUUUCAAAGGCCAACACUUGGUCCAAUAAGAGCCUUUGACAUUAUCAGUGGUGAAUUCAUACAGAUUUUGAACACUGGAGGUAACCACUGGGUAUGUUCAAGUUCCAUUGGCUGCUCAUGUGGCCAUGUUAAUUUAUAUGACAGUUUUUUUCAUGAUGUUGUCUGUGACGACAUUGAGGAACAGGCAAGAAGUCUACUCGGACAGGAAUUCAGGGGAAUUAAUGUUGUCCCUCUUCAGCAGCAACUAAAUGGAUCUGACCGUGGGGUAUUUGCUAUAGCAUUUGCUAUGAGCCUUGUUUUUAUGCAAGACCCCUUGAGUAUUCAAUUUAAUAUCCUGAAGAUGCGUCUUCACCUUUCAAGCUUGGUCACCUGGGCCAGGUUGUUCGAAGCUGUGUUAACAUAACCCAGGUUUAGUGCGAAAUUUGAACGCAGACGUGAAAGCUUAGAAAGUAAAUUCAGUUUAAUUCUUUUUGUCAACAAGUUGAUGAUUGGAUGCCCUUGAAAAUAACAGAGAAAAUUAUCUGACAAAAUCCUUUUGAACAAAAGAAAAAGAAACCAGGGUUAGAAUUUAACCCCAGGUUAGCGCUAACUGGCGUUCGGCCCUGAAACUCAUCUUGCUUGAAUGGAUUUGCAGCUGACUCCCCACAGAGCCGCAGUGUUUUUAAUCACCCUCUUUUCAUUCAUAUUACUUUUCAGGCUUAAGUAACAACAACUACACUUUUAACAAGCUUGCUACACUUCUUGGCUAUGUAUUUAGGUGUACCGUAAAUGGACUGGUGCUCAGGCAAGAUGUAUGGCUAAUUCGGACAACUUAACGAGUUAUUACCCAUUAAAGAAAUCAAUCAAAACUCACAAUAGGAGGACAGAGGUUAACAAGGGCAGCACAAACUCGAAUUAUCUUGUCAAUCAGUGGGGCUUUGCUCUUGUCCUCACAUGCUAAGUAGUCAGUUGACAGAGUACUUUGUAAGAUUGUGUACUUUUGUCUCAGAAUUCCAAUAACUCUCUCCACAUGA